AUGACUAAAAGCAAGCGUAAAAAUAGUGGCCAGGCUUCACCAUCCACUGCGAACAGCCCUUCAAACGUGACUGAUCCGACUAAAUAUCAAACACCAGCGGGUCAAGCUUCCUCGGCCACCCAAUCCUCCAUUAAACCAUUACUACCACCUGGGCCGCCUCCAUUACAGCCACUACCACCACACCCUGCAGCAUUUACAUCCACCCAAGACAGCGUAGUAUGGUCUUUGGUCCAAACACUACCUUCAGAUCUUCGGGUUUUUCUUGAACCAGAUUACGAAACCAAGCUCAAAAAGAUUCUCAAAGUACAGUUUUAUCGUAUCUUGUUACACUUCGAUCCUGCAACCAAGUCUCGUGUCACUCAUCUCAAAGCCGACCUAAAUGCAGCAUUCAAGAAGGACGUCCUCCCACGCAUACAGCCAUUUUUAACUCCACGAGCUCCAGCCCCCAUGGACACGGACGAUGAUUCCAAAAAUGUCGACUUUAACCCUCUGGGGCGUAAAACAACCCGCAAGAUGCUGAUUGAGGCAAUCCGACACAAAGCUCCAAAUGUAAUCAUACCCGCAGCCGCUAGACGUGACGGAUUACUAUUACUCUAUCAACAGCAUGUCGACAAGGGCUUAAUCAUCCCUGGUCAAACCCUAACCAUUCGAAAACCUCAUGCCAUACGUCCUGAUGCGGUUGAAGGCACAGACAUGGAGGAUCUUCGAUUGGGUCUACAGUGCCAUGCUCCGCACAUCUUCUUGCAUUCAAUUCCUAUGACACAUCAGGUUCUAGUUGAUUGCUAUAUGCACUUCAUUCACGAAGAACCCUUGACUUCUAGUUUGGUCGCCGGAUUUCAUUACUCAGUCAUCUGCUUAUAG